AUGGCGACAAAUCAAGCAGUCGCUCUCAAACACUGGGCCCGAAUCAUCAAGGAAUGGCCCGUUGACCGCGUCAGGCCCAACAAUGUCUCGUUUCAGAAAAUCAUGCAAUCUCGUAUAGACAGAGUCCACGCUCCUUCAACGACUACCAUCAAGGCAAAUGAUGCUCUUGUCUCACCUGUUCAACCACCAGUCUAUAGCGAAGAAAAGGAGCUGCGACAGGUCAAGGCUCUCGACUCCCUUCUCAAGAACAAAUAUCUCAAUGCUUUUCCCAUCCCCCCAAAUGUUCGCCAUCCAAGGAGUAAUCCCGCCCACUACGACGAACUGGUCAAGGAGCUUGAGGAAGCUCCAACUCGAAGCUGGACAGAUUCCUUGAUGAAGAAAAUAAAGGGUUCCAUACGGUUUUCUUGA